AUGGCCCCAUUGACCUACCAGCGCGACCCCAAUGGCUGGUUUCUCCCUAGACACCCAAAUUCAAUGGCCCAGGAUCUACCCAACACCCCGCAGCACCCCCCAGGCCUCGCUAUACCUCCCCGCCCUGCGCCCAACAUGUCCGAGGACCUGCUGUCAGCCACAGCACCUUUGUCAGAGCACAGCCAGAUCGACGACUUUUGGAAGGGUCGUCUCGCUCCCCCGCCCGGAUACCGCUCAAGGCCGCUUUUGACUCCUCGGAGGGAGCCCCCUUCCACGCAGCUGAAAGAUAGUCCUGAUAAGACGAGGAAACUGGCGCUACCGCCCGAGCUGCCUCCGCCUGCGUCGCUUCUUGCAAAGUCGCCCAAUAUGAAACCGCCCACGUCGCCCAGUGUGUCUCCAAAGUCUCUCAAAAAUGACAUAAAAGCAGACAAAAAUCCAGAUGCUUUGCGGUUGCCCGUCAAGCCCAAAACCUAUAUCCCAGAAAAAUACGCAGAAGUGUUCGUUCCCCAAUAUCUUCUCAAUAUCCAAAACCAAAUUCAUCCGUUAAAGCCUCUUCCUCCUCUCCCUGUAUUUCCAUCCCUCAAAUAUCUACAAUCAUUUUUAAUUCCUCGAUUAAUUGACGAAUCUCUACGCACCGACCGACUCGCGCUACUCCACGCGCCACCGAUACCCACAGAUGCAAAACCAUCCCCAUUGACCCCGACGAGCUACCAUGCGCACUGGGUAGAGAUUCUGCGCUGGGAGCUCGACGCCAUUGCGCGCAAGAAGGAGAGCAUUGUGCUGUGGCAGCUCAACCCGAAAGUAGAGAUUUGGAAAGAUGCCGAAUUUGUGCUUUCUGUCCCCGGGAUACGGGAGAAUCAUCCGUACUUGGAGAUUGGGGACCUCGUGCAUCUGCGCGAGGUGCUGGAGGCGGAGAAGCGGGGCAGUAAUAGGGCGCUGGAGGGACGCGUUGUCGCGUUGCGCAAGAGGGAGGGUCUUGUUCAUAUAUCAAGUGUGCCGCUGAAAGAGCACGCGCAGGCGUUUGUGACGCUUACGGAGGACAAUAUCAAGACGGAGAACGGGUAUGCGGUGUUUGGCCCGGACGACCACUUUCCGUUCUAUUUUAAUGUAUCAUUUAUGACCAACUCGCGCCCGCUGUGUGCGAUGGAGGCAGCGGUGUCGGCUGUAGCGAAGAUUCUCGACGCGGACUCGGGACUCGCGCGGCAGUGGUUGUUCCCUGAGCCCGAGGACCUCCUCCACGCGCCCUUGCCGCCGCCGUGCCAGGACGAAAUUGCAGAGUCGCAGUGGCUAGACCACGGGCUUAAUGAGGAGCAAAAAAUGGCUGUUUGCGCUGUAGCGCUGAACCAGUCUCCGAUUCCGCAUCUUAUCAGCGGCCCCCCUGGGACAGGCAAGACGAGAACCGUGGUGGAGACGGUACUGCAGAUAUUCCACCGGCAGCCCGAGGCGUGCGUGCUGCUGUGCGCCCCGUCAAACCCUGCUACGGACACGCUUGCGCUGAGGCUGCAUAAACACUUGAAGCAGGACGAGAUGCUGCGUCUGAAUGAUCCUAACAGGACGUUUGCGGAGGUGCCGGAUGUUAUUAAGCCUUACUGUUAUGUGGAAAACGACAAGUUCUCCCUCCCACCAUGGAAAACCCUCAUGCGGUACAGAGUCGUCGUGUGCUCCUGUCUCGACGCGGGCAUCCUCGCUGGCGCGCAGUGCACGAAUGUGAAGCUGAUGGAGAUGGAGGAGGAGGUCACGGCGUCGUUACAUCCUUUCCGGACGGCAAAGGGGAAGGGGAGAUAUGUGGUUCAGCCUCAUUGGACGCAUUUGAUUAUUGAUGAGGCUGCUCAAGGAUCGGAGCCUGAGCUGCUUAUCCCUAUUUCGGUUGUGCUUCCUCGACCUUGGGAUGCAGGGGCGGGGGCAGGGGCGGGGUAUACUGGUGAACAGGUAUUUAUCCCGCAACUCGCACUCUGUGGAGAUAUCAACCAACUCGGGCCUAUCGUCGCGUCGGAGGAAGCGAGAGCGGCCGAGUUUGAGGUAUCCUUGCUGGAGCGGCUUUUUGAACGGCCGUUGUAUGCACAGUAUGAGAGGAAUGCGUGCGCGUUCAAUGACCAUGGAGUGAAGAGGCGGGUGCCGCCGUAUACAACUCUUGUCAAGAAUUACCGCAGCCACCCGGUCAUCCUCAUGCCGCCCUCUGCGAUAUUCUACAACGACAGUCUCCAGCCGUUCGCGAGCAUCGGCACGCUCGCAUGGGCGCGCCUGCGCACCCCGCGGCUCCCUCUCAAAGUGAUCGGCACGGACGCGGCGGAGCUGAGCACGGAUGAGAAGGCGUCGUGGUAUAACCCCGGACAGAUCAGGAUUGUGGUGGAUGUGGUGUUGGAGCUGCUUGGGCUUGGUGAGCAGAGUUCGAGUUUGGGAAAGAGUAAUGGUGAGGUGAAGGUGAAGGUGAAGGGCGGAGGGAAGAGCGUGGGGAAGAGCAUUCCGCCGUUGCGCGCGCAUGAGAUUGGGGUUAUGGCCCCCUGGCGCAAUCAGGUGUGGGCGCUGCGUAGGGAGCUGAGGAAUAAAGGGUUGAGUGCGGUCGAUGUUGGUACUGUUGAGGAUUAUCAAGGACGAGAGAAUAGGGUUAUUAUUAUCUCCUGUGUCAGAUCGAGCGCUAGAUUUUUGGAGGAUGAUCAUAGGAAGGGUAUGGGUCUCAUAUUCGAGCGCAAACGUAUGAACGUGGCGAUUACGAGGGCGAAGGACCUGCUUGUCGUCAUCGGGAACGGCUCACUGCUUCAGCGCGAUCCGUACUGGAAGAGUUUCCUGCAGUUUGCUCUCAGGCACGGGUUAUACGAGGGACCUGAAUUAUCACUGGAGAUGGACGGUAACUAUAUUUCUCGUUUAGAGUCAAAGUUGCUGCAUUCGGCGAUGGACGCGUCUGAGAUGGACCCUGAGGAGCAGGGGCUGUUGUUGGCUGGUGGCGUGGCCAGGGAGAUUCUCAGGGAGUGA